GUGAAAGUUUCUCAUUCUCGAAUUCUUCCACUGAUGGCUUACUUUUCCGUCUUGCUUGGCCCGGUCAUCUAUACGCUCGCAGUUAGUGCCUUGGAAAAUGGAUUAGCCAGGACACCACCGAUGGGAUGGAUGUCAUGGACGAAGUUUUACUGCGAAAUGGACUGUGUUCGACACCCAUUCAGCUGCAUCCACGAGCGACUUUAUAUGGAUAUGGCCGAUCGUAUGGUGGAGGAUGGCUAUCUGGAAGCUGGCUAUCAAUACGUUCACGUGGAUGACUGUUGGAUGGAACGUCAGCGAGACCAGUACGGCCGCCUCGUUGCGGAUCGACAACGUUUUCCACAUGGCAUGGCCGCACUGGCAGAUUAUGCAAGUAGCCAUAGAUCCAUGCAUCGACGUGGUUUAAAAUUUGGCAUCUACGAAGAUUAUGGUACAGCAACCUGUGCUGGCUUCCCAGGCAGUUACCAGCAUACCAAAGUGGAUGCAGACACGUUCGCUGCUUGGCAGGUGGAUUAUCUGAAGCUGGAUGGGUGCAACAUUAACGUCGACCUGAUGCCAAGUGGCUAUGCGGAAAUGGGCCGAAUGUUGAAUUUGACUGGUCGACCAAUUGUGGACUAUCAUCUGAUUGGGCAACACUGUAAUCUGUGGAGAAAUUUCGAUGACAUUAAACGCUCCUGGGCAUCCAUUAAAAGUAUCAUUGAUUACUAUGAUCAUAAUCAAGACAAACAUAUCCCGGCUCAGGGACCUGGAAGAUGGCACGAUCCUGACAUGAUUAUUGUUGGCAAUACGGAAAUAACAGUGGAUCAAGCAAAAGUGCAGAUGUCGAUUUGGUCCAUCUGGUCUUCACCUUUAAUUAUGUCCAAUGAUCUCAGAAUGAUUGCACCCGUUUUCCGGGAGAUUUUAUUAAAUAGGCUGGUAAUUGCUAUUGACCAGGAUCCUCUUGGGAUUAUGGGACGAUUGGUCGCUAACGUUAGUUUUUUUGCAUUACGAAUGUAA